AUGAUAGUGCGACCGGGAAACACACAUACACAUAUACACGCUUUGGAUCGAUUCAAAAUAAACCAGCAGACUGUGUCAUCCAACACGCAAUACCAAGCGAUAAAGAAAUGCUACCAGAGCAGCCAAUUGGUGGAUGACAUGGCCUACUAUCGUCCUCUGGUCUCCGGUUUGAUCCCCGAGUUAGCUGCUUUAUCCAUUUGGUACAGUGUGGAUGACAUGCCCUACUAUCGUCCUCUGUUUGAUCCGGUUUGA